CCAGUUGUCACAGCUGUGCACACCACAAAGAUGAGGGCUGUUUUACUCAUCCUGCUUGGCUGCUGCCUGUCUGAGCCUGACAUCCUGGGACAGACAUUCACUGCUGCCGCUGCUGCUACGUAUACUCAGGAUGAGCUGCCCACUGAAGCAGAUAGUUUCAUUCUGCUAAAAGAAUUGAUAGCAGCUUUGGAUGAACAAAGAAAUGAGCUGCGACACACCAAAGAGCAACUGGCGCAGCUUCAGAAAGUACAGGAACCGAAAUCUGUGGAGACAGUUACUGACGGGGCAAUAGAGGAACUACGGACACAAGUGGUGAAACUACAGCAAGGCUUGACAAACCACGAAACCAGACUGAGACUCAGUGAGAUGCUGGAAGAGGAGCAGAGGAACCAGGUGCAGCAAAUAGUGCUGCAAUACACAGUACUGGAGGCUAGACUGAAUGCCAGUGAUUUGGAAAACCAAACCCUACGGGUGGAAGAACUCCGGAAGCAAAGUCAAGAUCUGAGCUCCAGACUUAAAGAGCUGGAAAGUAGAUGUGGAGAAAUGACUGCGGAAGUGAAGGCACUGCAGGUUGCUGAUCAAGGUCUGGAGGCCAGGCUGAACACCACUGAAGCCCAGACAGCGAUGCAAACAGUCCUGCAGGCACAGUUACAGACUGAAGUUAAAGACUUGGAGUCCCGACUGAAUUCUAGCCAAACUUUAGUGGAGGAACUAAAGGUCCGACUUCAAAGCACAGAGACAGAGUUGGGGGCAAUGAAGACUGCUGAUAAAGAACUGAAGACUGGACUGAUAGAACUUGGAAAAACGAUGGGAGAUGUGGACACAGAUGUGAAGGCGCUGCAGACUGCCGAUCAAGAAAUGGAAGCCAGACUGAAUGCGACUGAUAUCCUGGCAGAGACGCAAAGAACCCAGAUGGCACAAUUACAGGCAGAAAUGAAAGAGUUUGAGUCCAGGCUGGAGACCAGUAUCAGUUUAGAGGAGGACCUGGCUGCCCAACUGGGAAACACACAGAUCCAAGUGGAGGCACUUAAAACGGUUGAUCUAGGGUUGGAUUCCAGGUUGUCAGCCAGUGAACGUCUGUCAGAGGAACUGAAGAUUAGCCUUAAUGACACAGUGAGAAAAGUGGAGAAUGUCUCUGCAACAAAUCAAGAACUGGCAGGCAGACUGGGAGUCAUUGAGAGCCUGAGUAAUGAGCUAAGGAACAAAACUGAAGUCAUAGACAGGGAAGUGAAUGCCCUCAAAACAGCUGAUCAAGUGCUCAAUUCCAGAGUGAACGCCAGUGAAGCUUUGGUCAACGAAAUGAACACACGCUUUGGAGUUACUGAAACUAAAGUGGAGGAACUGGAGAAAAUGAAAAAUGACCUUGACACUAGACUGACUGCUGCUGAGAUCGGGGGCCAGGAGAUGAACACAAGGCUGGGAAAAGUGGAGGCAAUGAUGGAGCAACUUAAAGCAGCUGAUCUAGAGCUGGAAUCUACACUGGAAGCAAAUCAGGCUGUACAAGAGCAGCUAACAAAUAAGGUUGAUCAAACAGCUGCAGCACUGGAAGAAGUGAAGACAACAAUGACUGGAGAACGGGUGGCUUUCUCAGUUUCCUUGCAAGAGAACCAAAUGCACAUUGGUCCAUUUGGCACAGAAACUACUCUUGUCUAUAAGAAAGUUCUCACCAACAUUGGUAAUAGCUAUGAUCCCACUACAGGUUUCUUCACAGCUCCAGUAAGUGGAGUUUAUUAUUUCACCUUCUUCUCUCACGCUAAUGGAGGGAACCCUAGCUUCUCAGCGCUGCGCAAGAAUGGUGAGGUCGUUGUGGGCAUCGCUGAACACCCGACUGGCUCUGACCUCACUGAUAACGGCUCUAAUGGGGUGGUGCUGACUCUUCGGGAAGGAGACCGGAUGGAUGUGCGCUUGGAAGCCAGGUCCUGGGUGUGGGCCGACAGCAAUCGAAACUUCUGCACGUUUACUGGCAUUCUGCUGAGCAGGACGCCCAGUGUUGUGACUGGAAGAACGCUGUAGCUUAAUGCCUCUUGAAUUUGAAAUACAACUCCUCGAAUAAAGGACAGAAACUGG